UGAAAUGUUAAGUUAAAAAAUUACCGGUUAUACCCAUAGUAAUGUGUCGAUAAGCUCGACAAUAUUGCGUUAACGUUGCUCAAUUUCGCGCUUACGUUACUCUUGCUGCGUUCACGUUUGUUUUGGAUCUGCGUUUAAUCAUCGCAUGGAAAAUGCUAUAUGUUAGAGCGAGACAUCAAAUCAGUUUGUCUCGCAAGUGCAUCCCUGGUAUGCACAUAUGAAUAACGUAAAUAUUGUUGAAAGCCAAUGUAAUAAAUAAAUCACUAAAUUGCUGUGCAAAAUAAUUACGCAUAUAAUGGAAAGGUUAACGAAAUGUUUAGGACGCCGUCGAUUAGCCAACGAGCUAAAACAGAAACAGGCGAUAACAGAUCAGCUGCUGCAGCGCAUACUCUAUUCAAAAAGACUGCUAGUUGAUCAUGUGGAAUCUCUGGAGCAAUGCAUCCAACUCCAUCAUGAAAAAGCAACCGGCCGGCAGUUGCUAACCACGCGGAGUGCCUGCAUUUUGUUGAGCGGCACCGUUCUACAGCACCUAGUUACUCCGCGUGGCAUGCGAUUGUCCGUGAUGCCAUCCUUCCUCUUAACCACCGCAUUUGGCGUUCUGUGUGUGGUCAAAAGCGUUUUUGUGUGCCGCAAUAAAAUUGUGGAGCGAAAACUCGAGGAGCUGGUAAAGACCAUCGAUGAGUUUGGCAAUUGUAUAAGGCGCAACAUGACGUACUUUCAAGAGAUUAUCAUUAUGAAACAGGCCGAGCUGAUUGAAUCACGUCAAAUAGAGCGCGCUUGGGACUGCAUUACGGCGGCUAAGGAGGUAACCGAAAUACUCUAUGAUGCGACACGCAAACUGGAGCUCGACUAUCCCCUGCCCCCCAAAUACGGACCCUACUAUGCGCCCAUGGAAGAGCUGCGCGAAUGCGAAUACUUUAAGAACAAUGUGACGGACUACAGUCCGAAGCACAUCAAGGACUUUCAUAACAUAUUCGCAUAUGUGCAGUCACAGUAUUUGCUCCGUCUGGCGCUUACCAUUCUGACGCGACCUUCAAUUUCGCAGCUGAGUGAGGAUCUGGUGAAGAUCGACAACCAAGUGCGACAGCUCGUGCAAGAGGAGGAGCAACAUUUCAAGAAUCUGUCGAUUGCCAUGCAGAAUAAGAAGCAAAUGGAGAUCGCGCAGCUGCACGCAGCCAAAACUGAACAAGGCAAAAGUGGUCCCAUUGUGGUGCUGCAACACUCGUCCCUGAAACUCAGCGCCUGUAUGGUAGCCGUGGCCGGUGAAUGUCAGGCACUGGAUGUCACCCUACAGCAGUUAACCGCAGCCGAGGCAGCCAAGAAAAACAAUGCAGACCAGCUUGUGGCUGUAGCCAAUAAUAUGCGUGGCAUUGAGAAUGCUCUGGCAGUUUGCUGCGAUGAUUUCCAGCGUCUGAUGCUUGUCUAUAACAAAUUUUUAAAUAGUAAGUUGGAUUUGGGCACUGAUCCGGCCAAGAAAACUAAGUCGCCCACCAAGCACGAUGAAUUUCCGGAAAGCAUAUUGCGUGUUGAGUUCUCUCAGCAUCCCAAUGAGCCGCAAAGAUGUGAUGACUUCUAUGCCUACAUGUACGACGAGCAAGAAGCGCGUCAGUACGAGAAUGAGCAACAGGCACCAUAUCCGACACCCGAAAAGGAACUGCUCAACUUUGAGAAGCGCAUUACCAAGGGCAAGUUUAAGCCAGUGCUGCGACAGCUCAAAGAUCGUAUCGAUCCCAUUCGCAUAGUGAUGCUGGAAAAGGAACGCGAAGUGCUCGCCGCCAAAGGCAUAAAUGUGGAUGAGCUGUUUGGCAAAGUGGAUCUGUUGGAGCAGCAGCAACAAGAUAAUCGUCUGACGGAGCCAACAAGUCUGAGUGACUCCGAAUUUGACUCAGCCGAUGAGGCAUACGAACUGCGUAGCAAACAAAUCAAAGAACGCGAUAAUUUUGCCGAAAUGCGUCAAUUUCUUGCUCAGAAAGAGGCUGUGAAUCUGUUCCAGUUGGACGGACACAUGCGUCAGCUGUUGGCCUCAAGUGCAAACACCUCGCUGCCACGGUCAACGCCAGCCAUGGAGGAGGAGCUGAUCGAAAGCGAAUGCUAGACCCCAUUAGUCACAUUAUCUUUUGAGUUUCACAAUUUAUCUAUAAACAUUUAUGAGAUAAGCAAGUGGCACAGCUGCGCCAGCAGUUCGCCAUUGGCCUCUGACUGUUUUCGCCUUUCAUUAUUUUCCCGGAUUCUUUAUUCGUUCUGUACAAAAAGUCGUACAAAAACCAGAAAACAAAAAAAAUAACAAAAAAUCAAUAAACUAAUUUAGAGAGAAUGUUAUGGCAUGUAAAUAAUCCUUGAAUCUCAUGAACUGAGAUUGCCUAUUGU